AGUUAUAGAUUGUAGAAUGAUUUUACUAGAGUAUCUUCUGUUACGUCCCUAAUUUGAGUAUAAUUAUAUACUAAAUAGGAGGAACACAAGAUUUAUAUGCAUAUAUUUAUUUAAUUUUCCAUGAAAGGAUGACUUCUUUUAAAUCUUUAAAUCAUUUCAAGAAAAUAAUUGUGUCAUUUAACUAGGUACAAUCAUUAAACUUCAUAUUAAACUGCAUAUUAUUGUUGAAAGGAAAUCAAAUAAUUACAUUGGCUGGUUGGCUGGUUAGUUAUGUUCUGAGAAGUCAAACUAUAAACUUUAUAAUCUAUGCAAAAAUCUAAAUUUGAAUUUUGCCUUCGCUCUUCACCUAGUUAUCAAUUAAUAAGUCGCAAUAAAGAGAACAUAAAAAUGGGAAAAAAAAUAAAAUGAAAGAAAUAUCUAAAAGUGUAUGGAGCAGAUGAGCAGUCUUUCUUUGCAUGUACUGUGCGAGAAAGAGUCGAUACGGAGUCCUUUUUAGUGAAGUGCAUUAUUAAACUGCAUUAGUUAAUGUUUGAAAUAAAUAUAGAGGAGAAACGGUUUCCAUAGCAAGAAAAAGAGGAAAAGGGCAAAUAACGAUGUGUUUGUCUUUUCAACUCAAUUACAAAAAAAAAGUCGAGUCAUUGUUUAAUACCCCUAAACUUUUUUGAUCUUGUUUGCAAAAGGAUUGAAUUGCCCCAUGGCUUGGGACAGUUGGGGUUUAUUAUUGGGGUUGUUUAGGUUUCAUUGGGUCAUGCCCAGGUCCCCAAGAGCUGUGGUGGAGGUUUGGAGGGUGCAUAGUGAGGGCCCAAGCUUGUGAUUAUUGGAGGGUUGCGUCCUCAUGCCUUUGGUGGUGCUUAUGGUUAUAGAGAAAUAAGAGAUCUUUUGAAGGAAUCGAGAAUUUUAUUGGGACUCUUAAGUUUUCUAUUAUUAGAGGAAAUUGUUGAUAUUUUGGGUUGUGAGUGUUUAGAGGCCUUAUUUGGCCUCACGUAGUUUUUGAUAAAUGCGUUCCCCUUCUGAUUACUUUUACACAAUCUUACUUCGGAAAAAAAAAAAAAAAAAAAAAACUACUGUUCACUAGAGAUCUUGGCAUGGAAAUAUGCAUCGGAGGUCUACAAAAUUAUACCUCUGCAAUUCCAUGGGUAUAAAUUUUGAGAAUUGCUAAAGUUUUUUGAAUGCUAUUUAGGACUCUUUUGGAUAAUAUACAUGAAAGGGUUUGGUGCAAUAAUAAGGUUACUCCCCAUUAUGACACAGAAGGUUUCGAUUUCUAAAUGGGAAAUAGCAUUAGUAUGGAGAAGCAAGGCUGUGUACAUAAUGACUCCCCUGUAGACUUCGCAAUAACUGAAGCCUCGUGCCCUGAGUUAAGGCCGUUUUUAACAAGGGUUAAUUUUACCUACACCCCCUGUCAGUAACCACCCACUAACGAAAAUGUGUGAUUUUACGAUUUUACCCUUGAAUUAUAUAUUAAAAUUUAUAACUCAAUGAAAAAAAAUUAAAUUUCUCUCUCCCCUCUCUCUCUCACACACACACACACACAUAUAUAUAUAUAUUUCUUUUUUUUUUUUCCCUUUCUUCUUCAUUGUUGCCGGCGAGGCCACCGGACUGAACUGGCCUUCACCGGACUUGGGAUCGCCGGACUGAACUGGGUCGAGGUAGCUGUGAACUUUGCCGCCGUUGCCUUUGAUUCGGCUUACCUCGUUCUUGUCCAGCGUUACGACGGUGAGUACACUGCCGUAGAUUCGACGGCGUUGAAGUCCGGCGUUUGGACUUAACUAAGGAUUCCUCCUUUUUCAGUCUGGCGAGCAGCAAUUUGGUUAUGCGAAACCCAAUUCAGCGAUUCAGUCGUUCUCAAAGCUAGAACGAACUAAGUUCGACCAAACCCAGUUCAGUCCGGCGAGCAGAGAUUCCUCAGCCCACCACGGUGAAACCCAAUUCAAAACGGCCAUAGACACGCCAGAGCUCUGUAGAAGAAUUCGGCCUAGCUCUGGAACUUUGUCACCAUCCGAACCAUCACCAUCACAACCCCAAGAAUCUGAUUCCAUUCUUGUGUAGAAAAACGAAGUCAGAUGUCGGCUCCUCCGCCUCCACCACUGCCGAAUGGACGUCGAUGCCGAAGAAUCGAAGGCGAAGUCGAUUGCGGAAGACGACGCUAAAGACCAAGUUGAUGUCGGCGGCAGGUGUCGGAUUACAACCUCUACGGUAUCGCAAUCAAUGUCUCUCAGCGGCGGGACGUCGGAUUACAGGCUCGAUGGCAUCGUAAUCGGCGGCGAAAAUCAGCGUCUUGUGCUCCGACGGGAGACCGGACCCAGCCUUUACAGCGUCUCCAACAUUGCUCUGUUGAUCAACAUCGUCGGCGCCGGAACCCUCGACCGUGACUUUCUGUUCAAUCAAGUAUUGGACUCUUAUAUGGACAGCCAAUAUAAGUUCGAUCAAGGGCUGGACAAAUCUCCAACCUCGAUCCUCUUUGGCCCCAACUUCUUAUCUUCCAAGUUGUAUCAACUAUCCCCACCCGAGGUAAUUCUAUUUGAUGCUCCAUGAUCAUCUAUAUACGUGUAUAUAUACAUACAUACAUAUAUACAUAUAUAUAUAUAUAGCUAUAUUUGUAGUCCCUACAACAUUUUGAUCUCAAUACAGUUCCCUUUUGACAUAAGAUUUUUGAAGAUCAAAUGGUGUGAGCUAAUGUUAUAUCUUUUGACCAUGGUUGAAAUGAAACACGAUUUUACUUUGGCAAGCUUGUUGGUGAGACCAGUUGCUCCAUUUAACGAUGCUGAAGUGUUGAAGGAAAUUUCUCAUACUAAGGAGAAAUAUGGAUUGGUCCGUCGAGUUUAUGUGAUUAAGGAGGAUUUACAGAGGUGGAUGAUAGAGAAUAAUCCAACGGACGAGGUGAAGGUGAUCUCCGGUUCAGAUCACAUGGUGAUGUUCUCCAAGCCUCAGGAGCUCUGCA